AUGAGCAAAGUUGCAAUAUUUUUGCUUUUUACUCUGUUAAUUACCGGGAUAAUAUGUCUUUUGAGCACUGUUAUACAUUUAGACAAUUCAGGAUCACUCUUGCGUGGUUCUCUCGACUCGAGGUAUACAAAUAAUCUUACUCUCGCCAGAACAAGUCGGAGACGUGCCGAUUAUUUGAAUCCAAACCUCACAUAUGAACACUGCAAAAUCAAGUUUAAAUGGGGUGAAAUGUGCCCAAAGUUGUACACUGAACUUGGAGGAAAAUGUGAUUUGGUUGAUGACACUUUUCAAUGCCCAGAUAUUCGUAACUAUUCAAAAUUUCGCCCGCGUCAAGCUCAACUCGUCAUGACACGAAUGCUCCGCAUCUUCGAUAUCCUCGCACAAAAACACGGAAUCAAGUACUGGAUCAGCCGCGGGACUCUACUCGGAGCUGCUAGACAUCAUGGAUUCAUCCCCUGGGAUGGAGAUGGCGAUAUUGAAAUGCCCUUGGAUGAUUACGUCAAAUUUUUUCAAGUUGCGGCUAAGGAGUUACCGGCCGAUAUGUUUUUUCAGAACUCGGUCAGCGACCGUGCGCUGAGACCGUCCGAUGUAAGCGGUUAUCAUAGGCAUGAAGUAGUUUUUAUCUAUCAAGCGACAUUUAAUCCACGACUCAGAGACAGAAACAGUUGUUAUAAAUACUGUAUGACCUACAAUUGUAAGUGGCACGAUGGACUUAUGGUCGAUAUUUUUGUAACACCAAAUGUGGACAACGCGAUAUAUCCUUUGAGGCGGAUGACGUUCGAAGGAUUCCCACUCAACGUACAGAAUAACUGGAGAAAGUAUUUAGUAUCUGUCUACGGAGAAAAGUGGUUUGAAUAUCCAACGAACAGACCACCAGAGGAAAAUCCUGAUGUCUUUAAUAGCUGUGAAAAACUUAUGAAACGGAAACAAUAA